UGCAACCUCUUGCGUGACGUCAUCAGAAGAGCGACAGCAGAACCAUCUACCCAGGCUGCUUUACAAGUGUGCUUGCUGUUAUACACAAAUAUGGUGAAAUCUGGAAAAUUAAAAUCUGGAGCCUCAUCAAAACUAAAGCGAUGGAAGAAAGGACACAGCAGUGACUCGAAUCCCCAGACUAGCAGAUUUAGACAAGCUGCCAAAAGCCGCUUCUUCAGCCGCCCCUCGGGGAAGAGUGACCUGACCGUAGAUGCUCUCAAACUGCAUAAUGAUUUGCAGUCAGGGCCCCUGGAGCAAGGUAGUGGUGGCCGGGGAAAUGCCUGUAUGGAGGAGACAGCAGAGGAGGCACUAUCGGAUAGGAGUGCAGGGACAUUUCUUAGUGGGUUGUCGGACUGCUCAAACCUCACCUUCAGAAAGGUGCAACGCUUUUGGGAGUCCAACUCAGCCGCCCACAAAGAGAUCUGUGCGGUGCUGGCUGCCGUGACCGAGGUGAUCCGCAGUUAUGGGGGAAAGGAGACUGAGACGGAGUAUUUUGCUGCUCUGAUGACCACCUUGGAAGCGGUGGAGUCAGAUGAGUCUUUAGCAGCCGUAGCCUACCUGCUCAACCUGGUCAUGAAACGGGUCCCAGCACCUGUGUUGAUUUCGAAAUUCUCGGACACGGCCAAAGCUCUGAUGGAUGUCAUGUCCAACCAUGCCAGCUCGGAGUCGGCUGCAGCACUGCGAUGGGUCCUGUCAUGCCUUUCCACUCUGUUGAGGAAGCAGGACGUAACGGUGUGGAGUUACUCAUCCACUUUGCAGGUGUAUCAUGGUCUGCUCAGCUUCACCGUCCACAGCAAGCCCAAGGUCCGUAAAGCGGCACAGCAUGGCGUGUGUUCCAUCCUGAGAGGCAGCGACUUCCUGUUUACAGAGAACGCUCCGGCCCACCACCCUGCAGCCGAAACCACGGCCAAGUUCUGCAUCAGAGAAAUUGAACAGGCAGGAGGCAGUAAGGAGGAUGUCACCACACUGCACAUUCUGGGUCUCCUGAAGGACCUCAUUGUCACCUUCCCUCUCUGUGCAGUCAAGUCCUGCUGUGAGACCCUGCUUCGGGUCAUGACCCUGAGCCACGUGUUGGUGACAGCGUGUGCCAUGCAGGCCUUCCAUAAGCUGUUCAGUGGGAAACCCAACCCUUCCACCUUGUCAGCAGAACUCAGCGCUCAGAUCAUCACAGCCCUCUAUGACUAUCUGCCCAGUGGGAAUGACCUGCAGCCUCUGCUAGCCUGGCUGGCCGUCAUGGAGAAAGCCCACGUCUACCUGGCCAGUGUUCAGUCACCUCUGAGUCUGGGCCACUUCCCUCGCCUCUUCGCCACGGCCGUUUCCUGCCUCCUGUCACCUCAUUCACAGGUCGUCUCUGCUGCCACCAACACGCUCAAGACUCUGCUCUCGGAGUGCGUGGCUCCUCACAUGGAGGAUAUCGGCCCUGUCGGCUCUGGCGCGUCCUCCGGAAACCCGGCCUAUGUCUGCAAAGUCUUCCGUAUCGUUGAGGAGGGUCUGUCCUAUCGUUUCCACGCCGCCUGGCCGUUCGUUCUGCAGUUGCUGGGCUGCUUCUACAAAGCAGCGGGGAAAUACGCCCAUCCCGUUAUGACCAAGUCUCUCCAGGCCUUAGCCGACCUGCGGGCCACCCCUAGGUUCCCGUUCUGCGGGGAGCUGGACCUAGCUGUUGGCGGCGCCGUGGAAAGCAUGGGACCUGAGGUAGUGCUGACCGCGGUGCCACUCAACAUCACUGGACAGGAGGAUGAUAUGGAGUUUCCCCGUAGUUGGUUGAUCCCUGUCAUACGUGAUCAUGUUAAGAACACACACCUGGCUUACUUCACGUCAUACCUCCUACCACUCGCUGUCACACUCCGAGAAAGAGCUGAGGAGCUGGAAAAGGCUGGCCAGAAGUUGGAGGCUAAAGUUUACAAGACCGUACAGCUACAGAUCUGGACUAUGCUGCCAGGGUUCUGUCUGGGUCCACUGGACCUGAUGGUGUCGUUUAAAGGCAUAGCAAGGGCACUGGGCAUGGCCAUCAAUGAACGUCCAGACUUAAGACUGACCAUCUGCCAGGCCAUACGCACUGUCAUCACCAAGGGCUGUAACACAGAUGAAGAGAAGGCAGAGGUAGGCCGUUUCGCCAAGAACUUCCUGCCCAUCCUCUUCAACGUGUACAGUCAGCAACCUGCUCCUGGAGACAGCGCUCCCUACAGGAUGGCCGUCUUAGACACUAUUAAAGUCUACCUGAGUGUGACAGACCAACAGAUGGUAUGUACCUUCCUGUCAAAAGCUACAGAGAGACUCAGUAGCCCGGACUGUACCGAGUUCAUACGGUUGGCAGUCAUGGACCUGGUGGUUGCCAUGGCGCCCUGUGUCGACGAGGUCACCAUGAGUCAGACCUUUGAUCUGAUAAAGCCGUACCUUGAGAUGAAAGAGCCACACAUGCAGAAGAAGGCCUACCGCGUGUUGGAGGAGAUGUGCGGAGGGGAGAGAGAGCAGUGUACAGCGUUUAUUCUUUCUCACCUCGAGACGCUCAAACACGUUCUCCUGGGGGCACUGAAGAACGCGUCCUCUCCUGCCAAGAGGCCCAGACUAAAGUGCCUGAUCCACAUUGUGAAGCAGCUGAGCGAAGAACACAAAGACUUCAUCACUGCUCUGCUACCAGAGGUAAUCAUAUGUACCAAGGAGGUGUCGGUCGGUGCUCGUAAGAGUGCCUACACCCUUCUGGUGGAGAUGGGCAAUGCCUUCAUCAGGUUCUACGGCGAUGCCAACGAAGCCCUGGAGAAGUUCCUGCUGCUGGUGUAUGUGGGGCUGACCGGCUCGGUCACCAUGAUUACCUGCACCGUCCUGGCUCUCACCCGGCUGGUCUUUGAGUACAAAGACUCUAUAGACAUGGGGACGAUGGAGCAGCUCCUUCACAACGUGUGUCUGCUACUGACUUCUCGGACCCGGGAGAUUGUCAAAGCAGCACUCAGCUUCGUCAAGGUCAUCAUCUUCGUCAUGGACCCCAAGACAUUGGCUGGACACAUCACCGUCGUGAUGGAAGGGAUCGGGAACAUCAGGGAGGACGUUAGAAGACACUUCAGGACAAAACUGAAGAACAUUUUCACCAAGUUAAUCAGGAAGUUUGGCUUUGAGUUGGUGAAAAGCAUGCUGCCUGCAGAGCACCAUAAGGUGUUGGGGAACAUACGUAAAGCUGAGGCCAGAACAAAGAGGUCAAAACUGGCCAGCGAAGAUCACGACGACUCGGACAGUGAUGACGAGAAACCCAGGGGCAGGAGCGUGAGUAUUGAGGAGAUCUUGGCAGAGUCAGACUCUGACAUGUCAGACGAUGAAAGGCCCAAGGGAGCCAAGACCCAGAAUAAGCCUGCCAGGCAGAAGGGGCAGGCCUGGCUGAAGGAGGGACAUGGAGACGAACCACUCAACUUCCUGGACCCCACUGUCUCGCAGAGGGUCCUGGCCACCAACCCGGAUGUAAAGAAGCGGUCAAAGGUUCAACACGGCUUCAAGGUCACUUCAGAUGGAAGACUGAUCAUCAAAGAGGAGGAUGACGAGGGAGAAAAAGCUAAAAAUGAAGAUGGAGAGAUGAAAGACAUCCUUGAAGAGGCCGGAGUAAAGAGUGUUAAAACCAAGAAGAGGAAUUUCCAGGACACUCACUACGACGAUGAUAUGGAGAUUGACCGCGAGCAGAAAUACAAAGCUGGAGGCUCAGGGAUUCACAGACCCCUGGGGGGAAGCAGAGACCUGGGGGGAGAUUACAAGGCCAAGAAGGGGAAAGGAGAUGUGAAGAGGAAAGGAAAGGUGGAUCCCUAUGCUUACAUCCCUCUGAAGAAAGCCCAGCUCAACCGCAGGAAGAAGGCAAAGAUGCAGGGCCAGUUUAAGGGGAUGGUGAGAGGUGCCCAGAAGGGGGCACUGUCUGGGAAGAAGCAGAGAACCAAGAGGAGAACCUGAAAAGGUUCCACCCUGUUGAAAGUGUGUUUGUGUCUGUCCUGUCUGCCUUGUUGUUCACACAGGUUUUUGAAUUGAUGUGGAGAAUAUACAGUGCAUUGUUCAGACGUAACCCACCACAAAACGGGCAGUUCUUGUCAGUCAACAAGAAUCAGAGUGAGAAACGGAACGAGAAGGGGACUUGAAAAGAGGGCUUAAAAAAUGUUUUUCCCCCAUUGACCUUUCACUCAAUCACACAAAGGACACUGACUUGUUCAGUCUAUCAGUUGCAACAAGUGACAUGCUGUCCAAGUAUGUACAGAUGGAUUUACAUCUGUUGGAAAUGUAUUUAUGUACCCAGCUUCAAACGACAGAACAAACAGGGAAAAAUGCUUGUUAUUGAUCUGUUUGAUCGCUAGAUGGCGAUAUAGAUUACGUUUGAAUGUGCAAUACGAGCGAUUGGUUGAAUUUCCUGUAUUCAAAAAUGUGGAUUUUAUGUAUUAAACCAUUAAUUAAA